ACUCGGAAAAAGAAUGAGGCUCGUUCAGAGGGAUGGGAUGUUUGUAAGGGUGGUUGCCCCUCUCUGUAAACGAUGAUCUCCUACAAAAUAAGGGAUGGGAGAUCAUCUAGAGCCAAUGAUUUCAUUUCCUACAGAAUCAACGGCCCUUUGUGUAUGUGUGUGUGUAUAUAUAUAUAUUUGUGUGUGUGUCUGUGUGUUUGCUGGACUGGUGCAUCUCCAAUCCUUCUUCAUCAUCAACAACAACAACAACAACAAUCAGCAUUAUAAGAGGCUGUGAUGAUAUGUGUUCUGAGUGGAUCAUGGUGGCAUUGAGAAUCCGAUCCGUUUGUUGGCGGGGCAACCCGGAGAGUCUGUGGGAGAACGAACUCGAACUCGAACUCGAACUCUCACAGGCAACUGUUGUUGCAGCCAUGGCGGUGGGAUAUAUUCUCUUGCCUGAUAAAAAAACAGAACUGAGCCUCCCCAUUUUUUCUUCUAUACAUACAUAUAUGUGUAUGUGAGGUUUUGUGAAAAUGAUCUUGGACUCUUUGUAUUUUGAAGGAAUUUCUUUAAUUUGGUAAUGGAAGUAAAGGAACACUUUAUAGGAAGUAAGAAUUGGGCUUUGCAGUAUUAAGUCAUAAUGAUUUUUGGUGUCGGUGAUUUUGGCAAAAAAUGGGUCUCAUAAUAGCGGGGUCUAAAAAAAUUAAUUAUUUUGUAAUUUUAAUAUUUAAAAACAUGUAAUCCAAUUAUAUUAUGACGUGUGGAGAGUAUUGUCGUAUUUGCUUAAAAAAAAAAAAAGUUUCAAUUUUCAAAAAGAUUUCCUAUUUUGUGUUUUUACUCCGAAACCUUUUUUUAUACACACACAUCAAUUAGAGGCCAACAAGGACAAGGAAGUUCGCAACUAAAGAAAAGAGAGGCGGUGAAUAUAACCUGAUCCCAAAAUCAGGUCGGCUUUAUAUAUACAUCCUUAGAAUUAAUCUUCAGUACUAGUUUUUGUUUUUGUUUUUGUUUUUGGUUUAGAGAGAGAAGAUGGCUUUGGUUGAAAGGAUCUAUGGCACAGAAAUUCAAUUGUUCGAGGGGAAGGAGGAGUACUUUUUCGGCAAUGGGGUUUCAGAAUCCAAAGGAUUGUUGAUGAUCCGUACAUUCACUGGUACUGGUGUUGACCAAGUCAUUGAUGAAUUCCCAUAUAAGAAAGUUCGUGUUUUUCCAUUCAAUCACCUGCACUUACUAUUUCGACAAUCCUUACAAACAAUGUUAGAUUCAUCCAUUCUGUCCACAAAAGUUUUCUUGGAUUAUAGUAAUGCUCGUGCUCUAUCAAAAGGCAUCCUUACGUGGCUAGAAAGUAAUUUUCAAUUUAUUUUCAAUCUUGGUUCCAGAAAGUCUAAGAUCAUCAUCGUUGUAAAUGUUUAUGUGGAGAGAUUUGUUGACAUCACUGAUGACGAAAUUAUCAUGAAAUUUUCUUUGCCUGGCAAAGAUUUUGGUGGUGGUGGUGGUGAUGAUGAAGAAGAAGAAGAAGAAGAAGAAGAAGAAGAAGAAGAAGGCAAUGGUAGUGAAUAUGAAAACGAUGAAGUUGAAAAAAAAGAGAUGGAGACAUCAACUACUUUAUCGGUGGAGGAAAAUCAUGACCAAUAUGACAAAGAAGAUGAUGAAAUUCCUGAAGUUUUGAAAGAAAUUGAGGCGCCAAUGAAGCUCAUGACAUUGAUUGAUGAUGAUAGAUUACGAACAUCUAGGUGUUCGAUAUGUCUGAAGGGCUUCUUGAGGGGGGCAGAUAUCGCAACGACGCCAUGUUCACAUGUAUUCCAUUGUAAUUGCAUCUUCGAUUGGUUGCCAAACAAUAAUUCCUGCCCAAUGUGUCGGUCACUUUGUGCUGCCAUAGUUCAUAUAUAAUUAGUUUGUGCUACCAUAGUUCAUGUAUAAUUAGUUUAUGUGAUUUUGACUCUCUAAUUAAUCUUGUGAUUCAAGAGUGAGUUUUUUUUUUUUUUUUUUUUCCUUAACCGGGGUGUUUGGGGAUUUGUCUCUAUUAAUUUAUGGAAUUGACCCGUGCAAGGCACCCUUACACAAAUCGAAUAAAGUUUCGACUCAA